CCGAGGUUCACUUCACUCUGACUCUGAGUCACACGUUCAUCACUGAGGUUCAGUCACACGUUCAUCACUGAGGUUCAGUCACACGUUCAUCACUGAGGUUCAAUCACACGUUCAUCACUGAGGUUCAAUCACUGAGUGUGUGGACAAAACGAGACGUCACAACUUCAUCAUUUCCAGUUCCAGGAUGGAUAACAAGUCUUACUUGGUGAAAAUGAACGGGAAUGGCGUCUGCGGCAAAUCCACGCUCAACGGUAAAAGCCUGAGCGGGAAUGCGGUGAACGGCAAUGGCCUCGGCCACGUCACCACGAACGGCAGCUCGUAUCCCGCCAAAGUGGCGAAGAGCCGCAGGCUGAAGUGGGAGGUGAAGCCGUCGGAGAUGGCCAACAACACGCUCAACCCCAUCAGGUCCAUCGUGGACGAGAUGAAACUCACGCCAAACCCCGACAAACCCAUGAUCGCACUUUCUAUAGGAGACCCCACUGUGUUUGGAAACCUGCCCACAGACGAUUCGGUGCUUCAGGCCAUGAAAGACGCCAUCGACUCCCACAAAUACAACGGCUAUGCUCCCUCUGUUGGUUACGUGAAGAGCAGAGAGGCAGUGGCAAACUUUUACAGCUGCCCCGAGGCUCCACUGGAGGCAGAGGAUGUGAUUCUGACCAGCGGCUGCAGUCAUGCCAUUGACCUGGCUAUCAGUGUCCUCUGUAACCCGGGCGACAACAUCCUGGUCCCACGUCCAGGCUUCUCCUUAUACAAGACCCUGGCCGUCUCCAUGGGCAUCAAGGUCAAGUUCUACGACCUGCUGCCGGAGAAGGAGUGGGAGGUGGACCUGCAGCACAUGGAGAGUCUGAUCGACGAGAGCACUUCCUGUCUGAUCGUCACCAACCCGUCCAACCCGUGUGGCUCCGUCUUCAGCAAAGACCACCUGCAGAAGAUCCUCAAAGUUGCCUCCAGACACCGUGUUCCCAUCCUGGCGGACGAAAUCUACAGCGACAUGGUCUUGCCGGGCUGCAGCUCUCCUUCCAUGGCGUCUCUCAGCAGCGACGUUCCCAUCAUGUCCUGCGGUGGUUUGGCUAAACGCUGGCUGGUCCCGGGUUGGAGAAUGGGAUGGGUGCUAAUCCAUGACCGGAAUAAUGUGUUUGGAUCUGCGAUUCGUCAGGGUUUGGUGAAACUGAGUCAACGCAUUCUGGGAGCCUGCAGCCUGGUGCAGGGGGCGCUAGAGGGCAUCCUCAAUAACACACCACAGAGCUUCUACAGCAACACUAUCAGUUUACUGAAGACUAACUCAGAGAUCUGUUUUAAUGAACUCUCCUCCGUCCCUGGACUGAACCCCGUCAGGACCUCAGGAGCCAUGUACCUCAUGGUCGGAAUCGACUUGGAUCAUUUUCCAGGUUUUGAGAAUGACGUGGACUUCACUGAGCGCAUGGUCACCGAGCAGUCUGUCUUCUGUUUACCAACCUCAGCCUUUGAGUUUCCUAACUUCUUCCGUGUGGUGCUGACGGUGCCGGAGCAGAUGAUGGUCGAGGCCUGUGUUCGGAUCAGACAGUUCUGUUUGUGUCACUAUCAGCAUCACAGUCGUCACGGCAACCAACUGGACCAGUGACACGGACACACACACACACACGAGACAAAAGCACCUGGACUCUCACAGAAGGUAUCACAUUUCAGAACCCGACCAGGGUCAGAACUUUCUGCGAUGUGGUCUCCAGAAUCCACUCAUAUAGACGUGUUAAAGGGUUAGUUAGAGUUUUUAAAGUGUGCUCUUAUGUGAACUCUCACUAAAGUGUGACUUUUGUCUGUGGACUUUGAUGAGAGCCAGGAAAAUGGCUGAUUUUAGACACUGAACUAAAGACUCACCCAGUGAAAUCGGCAAAGUCUACGUCACACGUUCACGUCUUUAUCUCACUGUGAGACAGACGUUUGUAAACCACUCACUCUCCCACAGCUAAAAUCACUUAUUUUCUCUAUGGGGUUUGGUGUGAGAGAGUGAGGGGUUUACAAACUUCAGUUUCCUGUUGGAACAUCAUAGUUUUUCAUUAAAUGGCUAAAUCACACCACCGAUCAAGAAAAUCAGGGGAAAGCAAAGAGUAAAAUGAAAUCAUUACUAUUGUUUAUGUUUGUUUUUGUAAAUAACCAGCUGUGUUUUUGUGUACGUAUCAGAGCGUUAAUCCAGGUUCAAAGUACUCUCACAAUAUAUCGUCGUUAUCACGCAGCGUCUGGAACAAAUGGAAUUCUAACUGAAGACACCAUGUGUUUGUUCGCUUUUAUUUUGACAAACAAACAAACAAACUCUAUACCGGUCGAUUUCAUUUUGACACAAAACCAUUUCGCCACGGCCUGCGUGUCAAUGUUUUGGCUCACUGAGCUGGAAGUUGUUUUUGUCGUCGUUGCCGUGGCGACGGGAGGCCCCGCCCCUCAUGCUGUAAUUUUGUGAUGUAAACCAUUUGAACAGACUGAAUAUUUAUAUUUUAUAUGAACGACUUGUAUUAACCCUUAUGGUGUUUGUGUAUUUAUAUAAUUUGUAAUGUAACACCUCUGAUAUGAGCACACACACACACACACGCACACACACACACACACUUUCAAUAAUGACAAACAUAUCAAUGAUUUUUUUUCUGACUGUAACUUUAUCUGUACAAUUCUUUGUAUGUUGAAUAAAUACCUAAUAAAUGAACAUAAACAUGU